AAUCGUGUUUCAUUGCUCCACAUUUUCAUGUGAAAACGAACGGAAGCGACUUUACUGCAUUGAAUUAUUAAAAAAAUAUUAGUUCAAUAAUGAGAAGUCCUCAUGAUCCAUUAAAAAAUGGAGUUGAAAUACAUUUUAGUAGUAGUCUUAUUUACUAGUGCGCGGGUUGGUGGGGAAUCGUGUCCGAAACAAUGUGACUGUGAUAUGGACAAUGGAUUAAACAGGGCGAUGUGUGUCGAUCAAAACAUUAUCACCAUCUACAUGGGAGUGCCCAAAGCAGUGCAAGUGUACAGUCUAAGUCAUAAUGUUAUUAGUGAAUUGGAUAACUAUUGUUUUAAGGAUAUGGGCUACACAUCGCUUCAAAUGCUAGAUCUCUCGAAUAACAUGAUUUUUUGGAUUGGUCUCCAUGCUUUUUCGGGAUUGGAUAAAUUAAUACAUCUAGAUCUAAGCAGCAACAGACUAAGGUACAUUCCUUCCGACCUAUUCUUCGAGACGCCGGAAUUGGACACCUUGGACUUGUCAUCAAACAUGUUUGAAAGUCUUAAGAAUGAACCAUUUUUGAUGCAUUCGAAGCUAAAGGUAUUAAAUCUUAAUAAUUGCCGCAUUAGGACCUUACCGCAGCGAAUGUUCAACCGUCUGCCAAAUUUGAGAAGACUAGAUUUAAGCGAAAAUUAUAUAACAACUUUAAAAACAGAGGUUCUCACACCUUUACGUAAGUUAGAGAGGAUAGAACUUCGCAAUGAUCACUGGCAAUGCAAUCCAGAUUUCGUAGAAGUGGAAAAUUGGAUAUCAUCCCGAGGCAUCAUUUAUCAUAAACAGUGCAAGAAAAGGGAACCACAGAUGUCCGAGAAGAUGAUAUCGAUAGUACCAGCUGUUGAGAAAAAAGAAGUCGACGUUAGUGAUAUUUGGAACAUAACGACAGAGAGAAAUGAUUCUGCUGUGGAUGAGAUCAAUAAACCAGUUACGCCAUUUCAGAAAUUUGACCAAGACUUUUCGGCAAUCAAAGCUUUCAUUCUUGGUAUUGAAAUAGGCUUAGCGAUUGGAAUAGUGGGAACAUACGUCUGGUUGAAUAAGUUCUGUACAUGUGGAGCAUUACGGUGCACUCGGCCACAGACGAGGAGACAAAGAAGGCGUAGAAUGCAGAGAUUUGAUGGGGACAUGAGAACUAAUUUACUGUGGACUACUAUUGUGAACCCAGACUUGGAGACUCCGCCCUCAUUCCGGAGACAGCUCUCCUUGCCUGAUAGAAGCGCGCCGUUCCCAACAUACGGUCUACCUGGCGUCACUGAAGCUACAUUACAAAUAGAUGCGAUACGAAUUCCAGAUCGCAGCGAGACGCCGCCGCCGCCAUAUCAUGACUGCCGCAUUAAUAUUUGAGCUACAAGUGGCUGCAUAAUUAGCGGUUAAUUUCUCUCAUGUGAUAUUUUUCGAAUUAAUUCUUUGUUAGUGGAAGCUUGUCAUGACGUUUAUGAUAAGAUAACACCAAUUCCUACUUACUGCACCUCGACAAGUGUGCCUCUUGGGAAAAUGUGACGUAAUGACUUUUAGUUAGUAAAACAAUUGUUUAAGUUGUAAUAAUAUAGAGAUAAGGCUAAAUUAAUGUACAAAACAACAAGACUUACUUUAUAAAAUCGUUAUUUAUUUUAUAAAUACCAUUAUCACAUUUGAUUCAUUAACAUAAUUAUAUGAUCUGUCAUAAUAUAAAAAGUUAAUACAAUAAUAUGCUAAGUCAGACUCAUAGAAUUUAAUAUAAAUUCUCUAAAAAUUAAAAUAGAUAUAAUUUGGGUAACUCUAUAGAAUUUUGUACAUUACAUAACACAACCUAGUGGCAAUUUUGUAGUUUUAAACUAUGGCAUUUAGAUGGCAAAUAAAUCGCAAACAUUGGUAAAAUUAUACGAGAUACAUACAUUGAACUAUACCAGGCGCCCGAAUUGUCAUUAUUGAAUAAAAAAUAAACGGAAAACAAAGUCAAAUAGAUGAGAUAAAAAUGCUUGCAGCAACAUCUUCGUAAAAAAUAUGACAUUUCUUUAUAAAUAAAAAAGGUUUUUUUCUGUAAGAAAAUGGAAUGUACAGUUCAUAUAAAUAGCAUUAGCAUAAUAUCAAAGUAUUAUAAUACAUCUAUUUUGGCUAUAAAAGGAACAUGAACUGGAAAUGGUUAGCAAAUAUAAAAACAAAACUAACUUAGAAAUUAAUAGAAUUUAUCCUAAAAAUGCUAUCCCAAUAUGAUAUGACAUUACUAAUAUUGUAUUAAUAUAUACUAGAUUAUUUAUUAUUAAAACAUGUUCAAAAUAUGUAUAUGUAUCUAUAUCCUAUUUACAUAGUCUUACGGCUAGAUAUAAAAUACUAUGUAAAUCAGGCACAUCAUGGCAUGUCAUUACAGAUUAUCACGAAUAUUUCAAAUUAAUAUUAUUUCGUUGUUCGCGUCAUGUUAUUUGUGCAUUUAGUGUAGAGACAACACGAGUAGAGAGGUAUUAUAGACAUACUUGUCAAGAUUCUGUACAUACAUAUACGGGCAUUAUCGCGAGGUCUCAGUCGUGGUCAAAAUAUUAAAGAUAAUUUGCAAUAAGUCCCAUAUAUCUACUGCAAUCCUAUUUCAAAUUAUAAAUAUACUGUUUAAAACACUGUGACGGUCCUAUAAAUUAUAAAUAGACAAAACAAGUGAGAAACUGUAGUUUUUUUACCAAGAACUUCAUAGAAUUCUCUAACAUUUACCUAAAAUUAAAAAAAUACCUAGUAAACCUACGUACAGACUGCAGACACGUGAACAUUAAGCUACUUCAUCCUGUC